GACGCAAUUUCCUCCUGAAGAGAGAAGCAAACGCGACCCAGUUCAUGUCGGGAAUUAACCAGGAAAAGGGAGCCGUGUCCGUGUAUAUUUAGCGUACAGUGCAGCUUUACGAAAACAGUGUAUGAUUAUAGGUUAGUCGAUAUUCCCAUAGCUGUAAGCGGUGUUUACCAGACUUCCGAUGGUGCUAAGUGCUGCUAAGCGUUUUUAUUUUAAGCAAAAAAUAUAAAGCAAUGUUUCCAAUGAAGGAAACAGGAAAUGUGAUGAUCCAUGAUUGUUGUGCUGUCGUAGCAGCAGUGUGAGUCCACAGUUGUUGUGUUGGUCGGACGCACGGACCUCCCUCUUUCUGCCUGCUGGCUCUAGUAGGCUGUCCACCCGGAGGAACACAAGGCUGCCUGAAGACGAGGGCGGAGCUGGCCUUGGCUGUCACAAAGAUAUGUUUCAUUUCAAAAAACUAGCCACCACGCUAACCGCUGUCUAACCUACACGGCUUCGAGUUCAACCGCGACGUCAAAGCGCCCGUUCAGCCGACUUGAGGCGAGGCAGGAUGCCAGUGAAAGGCGGUGGGAGACUGGCCUCUUAUCCGAGCAAGAGCGAAAAUGUCGGAAGCUCAGGGAUGGAAGAGAUGGUGUGGGAGCAGUACACAGUCACUCUGCACCGGGACUCUAAGAUGGGUUUUGGCAUUGCUGUGUCAGGUGGGCGUGACAACCCCAAUGUGGAGAACGGUGAGACGUCAAUCAUCGUGUCAGACGUGCUGCAGGGAGGACCAGCAGAUGGAUUACUCUUUGAGAAUGAUCGUGUCAUUCAGGUCAACUCCAUCCCCAUGGACAACGUGCCUCAUUCCUUUGCUGUGCAGUCCCUCCGUAAAUGUGGGAAAGUGGCCAAAGUAACGGUGAAGAGACCUCGCAAGGUGGCCGUUCACUCCCUUAAGCAGCCGCCCUCCCCAGGUGCGGACAGUCGAGAAUACACCCCCUCCACCCACUAUUACGAUGCCGACAAUGACAACGGCUGGUACCGUAACGAAGGACGAGACCACACAUCUGAUAGCAAAGGAUACUUGGACCCUGAGUACAGGGGAGGGCGGGACUACAACCAGAGAGGAAGGAGCCGUGGAAGGAGCCAGGAGAGAAGUUCACCCAGUCCGGACAGAUCUAGGAGGGAGGGUAGCCGAGGACGAGCCAUGGACACCAGCACUGACCGUCAGAGGUACCAUAGCCGAGGACGUAGUCCUGGGGACAGCUACCGUCUGGAGGACAAGUAUGAGCGAGGGGAAGGAGGAGGAGGAAGAGGAGGGAGGUAUAGGAGCAGGGACCAGCUUAAUGACAACCCUCCAUCCCCUGAACCUUCCAGAGAGCUGGAGCCACUGGAGAAACCUGUCAACGUCCUGCUGGUGAAGAAUAGACCCAAUGAAGAGUAUGGUCUGCGUCUGGGGAGUCAGAUCUUCAUCAAACAGAUGACUAGCACAGGCCUAGCUGCCAAGGAUGGGAACCUGCAGGAGGGCGACAUCAUUCUCAAGAUCAACGGGACAGUGACGGAGAACCUCUCUCUGCAUGAUGCUGGGAAACUGAUAGAGAAGUCAAGAGGGAAGCUGCAGCUGGUGGUCCAGAGAGACCGCCGCCAGAUCCUUGUCCGCAUCCCCCCCCUCGCAGACUCUGACUCUGAUAAUGAUGACAUAUCAGAGAUGGAGUCAUACCAUUCCUAUUCACCUCCAGAGGAGAGGAGGUCCCGCCAGUCUGACCUGUCCUCCCACUCUUCUAAUGAAAGAGACAACCCCAGGGACGAACUUAUGAGGACAGCCAAAAUGUCAGCCAUGGCCUCCCCUUUCAGAAUACCCGAAGACCCCCAGGCCUCAGCGGAGCUGGACAAAGACGCACAGCGCAUAGAGGAGCCUCCAGUUCCUGCAACAACCACUCCCAAGAUUCUCCUCCGCCCGAGUCCAGAAGAUGAAAAAAUAUAUGGGCCUAACACAGUGAUGGUAAACUUCCAGAAGGGAGACAGUGUCGGCCUGAGGCUGGCAGGAGGAAACGAUGUUGGCAUCUUCAUCGCUAGUGUUCAAGAGGGCAGUCCUGCUGAAGAGGAGGGCCUGCGUGUCGGAGACCAGAUCCUAAAGGUGAACAAUGUUGAUUUUCAAGGUGUAGUGAGAGAGGAAGCAGUGCUCUUCCUUCUGGAGAUUCCUAAAGGGGAAGUUGUCACCAUCCUCGCCCAGAGCAAACCUGACGUUUAUAACGACAUCUUGGUGUCGGGGCGUGGAGACUCCUUCUUCAUUCGGACGCAUUUUGAGUAUGAGAAAGAGACUCCUCAGAGCCUGGCCUUCAGCCGGGGGGAUAUUUUCAAGGUCGUGGACACCCUGUAUGACGGCAAGCUUGGUAACUGGCUUGCAAUCCGUGUUGGCAAGGACAAGCAGCUACUGGAGAAGGGCAUCAUCCCCAACAAGAGCAGGGCGGAGCAGAUGGCCAGCGUCCAGAGCUCCCAUAGAGCUGUUGUGGGUGAUCGAGCUGACUUCUGGCGGUUGCGAAGCCAACGUUCUAUGAAGAGGAAGGACCUAAAGAAGAGCAGAGAAAAUCUGAGCAGUCAGACCUUGGCCACCCGCUUCCCGGCAUACGAACGAGUUGUGCUCCGAGAAGCUGGUUUCCGGCGUCCUGUUGUGCUGUUCGGCGCCAUCGCUGAUGUUGCUAAUGAGAAACUGGCCUCUGAGUUGCCUGACCUGUUUGUUAUUGCCAAAACCGAGCCGAAAGACGCCGGCUCUGAGAAGUCCUCAGGCGUGGUUCGAUUGAACACCAUCCGACAAAUCAUCGAGCAGGACAAGCAUGCCCUUUUGGACGUGACACCCAAGGCAGUGGACACCCUGAACUACACCCAGUGGUACCCCAUUGUUAUCUUCUUCAACCCAGACAACAAGCAUGGCAUCAAGACCAUGAGACAGAGGAUCGCCCCCAAUUCCAACCGCAGCGCCCGCAAGCUCUACGAACAGUCCGUCAAACUGAGGAAGACCUGCUCUCACCUGUUCACUGCCACCAUUGACCUGAACUCAGCCAAUGAUGCCUGGUAUGGCAGUGUCAAAGACUCCAUCAGAGAGCAGCAGAUGCAGGCUGUGUGGGUUUCUGAUGGCAAGCUGGAGGGAGUAGAGAGUGAACUGGACUGCCAGGACGUGGAGCGUUUGUCCUUCCUGUCCGCCGACUACCUCAGCAUGGACAGCCGUCUGACCUCUGACCUGGAUGACACUGCUGAUGAGGGCGGGGCCUACACCGACAAUGAGCCAGACAUGGAAAUGAUGCACAUCUCGGCUAUCAGCCGCUCGUCUGAACCUGUCACAGCUGAGGAGAUCUUGCGCAGGUACAGUCCAGACAUCAGGAGCCGCAUGAGAAAAAUCAGCAGCCGGGAAGUCCUUAAGGGGUCCAGCCCUCCACCUGUGUUCUUGCCAGACAAGGUGAAACUGUCUCUGAGGGAUGAUCUGGUUCUGAUGUCAGGCUCCACCAACCCGCACCAUCAUCACCGUCAACACCAUCCUCCACCCCCCAGCUCCAGCAGAAGUUACGAUUCUCCCUCCAGCAGCAGCCCCGCCAGCAGCAACAACGACCCUCCACCGCCCAUCUCCCGUUCAGCUGCCUCUUCUGGUCUGCCGCCUCCACCUCCGGCACACCAUUUUAACUCUUGCGGCAAACUGCGACCCCUUGGUGCUCCCCAGCAACACUCUGUGCCCAAACUCAGCAGCUUUGGGAGCAUGGCAGAGGCUGCAGUUCACGCACCUGUGGUUCUACCCAGUGCAACCGUUGCGGCCUGUAGGCAGCAGGAGGAGACAGCAGAGGACAGCCCUGUCGAGGACCCGUCCAUGAGGUCCUUCCUGGGGAAGAUCAAAGCCUUUGAAAAAAUGGAUCACUUCGCCCGAGCACAAAGGAUGCUGGCGGUGCAGGAGGCUCAGAAUGCCAGGUUGGAAAUUUCUCAGAAGCACCCAGACAUCUAUGCUGUUCCUCUGAAGACAGCCAAGCUGGAUCACAGUCGCCCUCAGCCUAUCGGCUCCAGUUCCUGUCCUGAGUCCCAGACUCUUCAGUCCUCAAAAGAGGGAGGUCCCUUCUAUCCCAGCAAAGAGGAGGCAGAGGAGGAGGAGGAGGCAGUGCCGGGAUACUACACCGCCAACUCCUACCAGUACCAGGACACUGAACUGUAGGGCCAGCACACAGCAGCUGUGCCAGUCGUCUGUUUCCUGGACAUACAUGUACACAUGCACUGCAUAUGCAGUCUAUUUACACACUUACCAUUCCAUCAUGUCCUGCACAACAAGUAAGCUGCUGACUUUGAACUGACUCUUGCUUCUUAAAUAAUUGGGGGGGGACACGACUGCCUUUUUUUUGCUUCAAAGAAGUUAAAGCAAUCUGUACUAUCCAUAUGGAUAGACACACUCUGUCUUCACUUUACUUUUUAUGUUGUAUUUGAUUGUUUCUUUCUUAUGUACCACUUUUAUUGGUCAAAACUGAGUGACUAGGAACCACUUGUUUUCUUGCCUAUGCAACUCUUCAGUUUGUGCACAGCAACUGAAACCUAUUGCCACGAUUUUUGCCCUCACGAAAACCUCAACAAACCCAAAAACCCACAAUGCGCUUUAUCAUAUCUAUACCCUGCUUUUUUAAGCUCCUGUUAAUGCCAGCUUCAAUCAACAAAGGUUACAUAUAUAUUAUUACAUACAGCAUAUAUAUCUAAAGUAAAGUGUUUAUACUCU